GUUUUUCGCACACGGAUGCACAGUGGGUAGCGACUGUUGCUGAAUGCGAACGGCUGCCAUUUUGAUCUGAAAUAACUAGGAUCUGUGUUUCUUUGGCGCAAUAAUAAAUGGUUUAACUUAGUAGAUACAAUAGCUUUUUGCUUUCAGUUUUGACGCAAAAUGCUUUCCGCAGCCCAGUUACUCGAUGAGUUGAUGGGUCGAGACAGAAACUUGGCCCCCGACGAGAAACGAUGCAACGUACGCUGGGACCACGAGACCACCUGUAAGUACUAUCUCUGUGGAUUCUGCCCUGCAGAAUUAUUCACAAACACCCGGUCUGACUUGGGUCCCUGUGAAAAAAUCCACGAUGAAAACCUUAGGAAAAUGUAUGAGAAGAGCUCCCGGUUCAUGAAGGAGGGCUAUGAGAGGGACUUCCUGCGCUACCUGCAGUCUCUCCUGGCCGAGGUGGAGAGGAGGAUCCGCAGGGGCCACGCCCGUCUAGCCCUGUCGCAGGCCCAGCAGGCAGCAGGACAGGGGCCUGGUGGUCCUGUGGGGAAGAACGAGGAGAAAGCUACAGUCCUGACAGAGAAGAUCGAGGACCUAGUCAUGCAGAUCGAGGAGUUGGGCUCUGAGGGCAGAGUGGAGGAGGCCCAGGGGAUGAUGAAACUGGUGGAACAGCUAAAGGAUGAGCGAGAGCUGCUCAGCUCCACCCCCUCGACGAUUGAGACCUUUGCGGCCCAGGAGAAACAGAUGGAGGUGUGUGAGGUGUGCGGGGCGUUUCUCAUUGUGGGAGACGCCCAGUCCCGGGUGGAUGACCACCUGAUGGGCAAGCAGCACAUGGGCUACGCCAAGAUCAAAUCCACUGUGGAGGAGCUCAAGGAGAAGUUAAAUCGGAGAUCCGAAGACACCACCGGAGAAGACAAGGGAGAGCUAGAAAGCAAGGACUGGGAGCGUGAGAGGGAGGAGAGGGAGACUAAGCGCAAGUUGGAAGAGGAGGAGAAAGAGAAGGAGAAGGAGAAAGAGCGCGAGAAGGAGAAGGAGAAAGAGAGGGAGCGAGUGAAGGAGCGGGAGAGAGAGAGGGAGCGAGAGAGGGAGAAGAGAGGAAGGAGGAGCCACUCGAACAGCCGCCACUCCAGCCGGGCGUCGGACCGUAAGAGGAGUCGUUCCCGGGAACGCCGGCGGUCCAGGAGCAAGGAGAGGGAGCGCAAACGUAGCAGAAGCCGGGACAGGGACCGGGAGAGGCGACGCAGCCGGGAGCGUUCGGACAGGAAACGGCGCUCCCGUAGCCGGGAGAGGAAGAGGUCCCGCAGCUCGGAGCGCAAGUCUCACCGCCACCGGAGCCGCAGCCGGGACAAGGACAGGACUUCCAGAGACAAAGAGCGUAAGGAGCCGGAGGAGAGGAGGAGCAGCUCCAAGAAGGACGAGGUGUUAGAGGAUGACAAGCCUUCCUCUGACGUGGCCAAGCCUGGGCCCGUGGAGGCUGAGGCUCCUGCCUCCACUCUGGGCCUGGCCCUUCUGGCCAGGGUCAACGGGGCUGCUCAAGACGAACUCCAUUCUGAAGGUGACACUCAGUCCAAUUAAAACUGAUCUGAUAGGACCUCAGAUCAGGCUCAGGGGACGCUGGGAAAUCUGGAGGAGGAAGAUCUGAAGACCACCUGUCGCUCCACCCUGAACCUGUCUCUGCGCUGCUUAAAACAAGGUGAACCACAGAUGUAGUGGCUUAUUAAAACAACCGUGACAUCUAAAUCACAACAAAAGACACGUGUGUAAAGGUGCCCUCUGUUGUCCUCCUGUUGUUGUUUUUGGAAAAUCACAUUUUUAGCGCAGGACCAGACAUUCUUCAUUCAGUUUUCCGUUGUAUUUCUUUCCUUCAUCGUUUCUGAUUAUAAAGGACCUUGUCUAGUAGCUGCUGAGGUAGAAUGGUACAUUAAGGCUUUUAUCUAUGUUCUGUUUCUCAUGCAGUUUUUAUGACAAAUAAAAACCGUGCUUGUUUUGGUUUGUAAUGUCAGGUUUCCACUUUCACGGUUUGACUUUUUUGGGGAAAUCAGUUUGGGAAGUGUUUGUACAAUGUUAGUCAGGAGCAUCUCUUUCUCUCCUCUCCUUCCCACCCACCUUCCCACUGACUGAUCUCUCUAGCCUCUUACUGUAAAGAUAUAGUGAGAUUGAAUUGAUCUUUUUUUGUUCUGAUUUUUAAACCUGUUCAUCUUGAUCAAUAAAAAGAGAGCUUGAAUGA